AAGAAGCACCUAGGGUUUCCUCCGAUUCUCCUUCUUCCAGCUCAAUUGCCAAAUCCGAGAUUGAAGAAGCAGAUAGUGGUCCGUUUGAGGUUGGGACUGAGAGACUUGCUCCAGGUAUCAUCCUCGAAACUUUCUUUUGCUUGUUUGUUACAGAAGAAGGGGGAAAUGGCAAUAGCAGCCCCUGGGCAGCUCAACCUCAACGAAGUCCCUUCAUGGGGUUCCAGAGGCGUCGACUGCUUCGAGAAAUUGGAACAGAUUGGCGAGGGUACCUAUGGACAAGUUUACAUGGCUAAAGAAAUAAAGACGGGUGAAAUUGUAGCUUUGAAGAAAAUACGGAUGGACAAUGAGAGAGAGGGGUUCCCCAUAACUGCCAUACGGGAAAUCAAAAUUCUAAAGAAGCUGCACCAUGACAAUGUCAUCAAGUUGAAAGAGAUUGUGACAUCUCCAGGGCCUGAGAAGGAUGAGCAAGGCAGGCCAGAUGGUAACAAGUAUAAGGGGGGCAUCUAUAUGGUCUUUGAAUACAUGGACCACGAUUUGACCGGUCUAGCUGAUCGACCUGGGAUGAGAUUUUCGGUGCCCCAAAUUAAGUGCUACAUGAGACAACUGUUGACGGGGCUUCACUACUGUCAUGUGAAUCAAGUACUUCACCGGGAUAUUAAAGGCUCUAAUCUUCUCAUAGACAACGAAGGAAAUCUAAAGCUUGCAGAUUUUGGGCUUGCUCGUUCCUUUUCAAAUGAUCACAAUGCCAAUCUCACAAAUCGUGUCAUUACUCUUUGGUAUAGACCACCAGAGUUACUGCUUGGGGCCACCAAGUAUGGUCCAGCUAUUGAUAUGUGGUCUGUUGGAUGUAUAUUUGCUGAGCUUCUACACGGCAAGCCAAUUUUUCCUGGUAAAGAUGAGCCAGAGCAAUUAAACAAAAUUUUUGAGCUGUGUGGAGCUCCAGAUGAGGUCAACUGGCCUGGAGUUACAAAGAUUCCGUGGUAUAACAACUUCAAGCCAACAAGGCCGAUGAAGAGACGCCUCAGGGAGGUUUUCAGACAUUUUGACCGCCAUGCGUUGGAGUUGUUGGAGAGGAUGCUCACACUUGAUCCUUCUCAGAGAAUAUCUGCUAAGGACGCUCUAGAUGCCGAGUAUUUUUGGACUGAUCCAUUACCCUGUGAUCCCAAGAGUCUACCUAAAUAUGAAUCAUCACACGAGUUCCAAACAAAAAAGAAGCGUCAGCAACAACGGCAACAUGAAGAAAAUGCAAAACGUCAGAAACUGCAACACCCACAGCAACAUCGCAUUCCACCCAAUCAGCAAUCUGGACAAGCACAUACCCAAGUACGGCCUGGACCUAACCAGCCCCUUCAUGGUACACAGCCCGUGGUUGCUGGAGGGCCUAGCCACCAUUACGCAAAGCCCCGUGGACCCUCCGGAGGUGCAAACAGAUAUCAAACUGGUGGAAACCCUGGUGGAGGAUACAGCCACCCUAAUCGGGGUGGUCAAGGUGGUGGGGGUGGCUAUGGCAGUGGCCCAUAUCCUGCACAAGGACGGGGUGGUGCACCAUUUGGUACUAGUGGUCUGCCUGGUGCUGGUCCCCGGGGUGGAGGCAGUGGGUACGGAGUUGGUGGUCCAAACUAUUCUCAAAAUGGUCCAUAUGGUGGUUCUGGUUCUGGUCGGGGGUCAAACAUGAUGGGUGGAAACCGCAAUCAACAGUAUGGUUGGCAGCCGUAACUGUUGCUGUGGUUAUUAGAUGUUCUGGUAUCGUGCCGUGAAUCCUAUAUACAAGACAUAUGACCUGGAAUUGUUUUGAAAAUGUAUUUCCAGGUUGGAGAGAAGCGAUGUCCAACUGUUACAUGAUUGCCACAUGAUACUGACUGAUUUUUAUGUAUAAUAUAUUUAGUCAGAGGAUCAAGUUCUGUUAUUGAGUUCGGAAAUAUAGUGCUCGAAGCGGAGAGUAUAUGAAUUCUGUUGGUUGGUAUAUCCUUUGAGCUAUGCAUCUGACAUUGCGCUUAGCAAUUAUGCAGAAGCGCUCAUGUUUUAAUUGUCGUAAGAUUGUGCUUUGUUAGUGGAUGUUUAUCUUAUUUGCAGCUGUGAAAUACAGUAGUUUCAA